UGCAUUAUUAUAAAUUAUUAUAAAAAGAUAUAUAUUAAAAGAUUCAAAAAUAAAAUAAAUGAGAUAUAAAAUAUAAUUUAUAUAUAACAAAACAAAGAUUAGCAUAUUGUGUUUAUAAUAAUGAGUAAUAUAGAAGAACUUAUGACCGAUUUUUAUAACAUUUUAGUACAAAUAAGAUAUCCAAAAAUUACAACAGCGUCAAUAAAAAAUUUAGAAUUAACAAUUCUUAGUGGAGAAAAUCGACUUUCGUUAUUGUCUUGGCUUUUGGCUGAAAAAUCUCCUGCGACAGCUGUAAAAUUACAAAAAUUAAAAGGCACUGCUUUAGAAGAAGAAUUAUUAAUGUCUUAUUCUGAAAUUGGUAUUUGCAGUAAUAAGAAAUUAUUAUUGGGAAAUUGUUCAUUGGAAAAACAAAUUCCAACUUUAAGAUUAUUAUUAGAUUUUAUAAAGUGUAUAUUCAUAGAAUCUUCUGAAAUUAAAUAUGAUAUAAAAAAAUCAACUGAUGAUAUAUUAAAUGUUUAUACAAUUGAAGAUUCAAGUACAUUCACAUAUAAUAUUGAACCUCAAUUAAAUUAUUCUGAAUCUAUAGAAUAUUUUGACAAUUUACAAAAAUGUUUGAAUGAACAUCAAGAAUUAUCAUCAAUUUAUAAAUCUGAAAACAAAGAAUAUUUAAUGGAACAUGAUCCAUGUGAAGUGAUAUGUAAUUGGAAUAUAACUGAAAAAGAAAUGAUUUUUUAUGAAACGGAUGAAAAUAAGGAAAAUAAUAAAGUUGAUCAAGAUUUAUUAUUUAAUGAAGAGAAAAAAAAAUUUAUAGAAACAUUUUUAUCAAUUGAAUCAUGCAAAUCAAUUUUUGAUGCAAAAACUGUGACAAAUAAUAUAUAUUCCAUGGAUGCUGAUAUUAAUGAUAUAUACACAAAUUUUUCUUCUUUAAUACAGUUUCUACAAGCAAGGAAAGAAAUAUUGGAGACCAAUAUACCAAAAGAAAUAAAGAAAUCAAAUACUCCAUUAAGUGAAAUUAUUGAAAAUACUGUGAGAAAUACCGAAGAAGCUAUAAAUGUUAAGCUGGAAAAUUAAUUUGUAAUACUAAUUUUCUUAAAUGUUUUUUAAAUCAACUUUUAAAUUUAUAUUUUAUGUAAUUUCAUUAAAAUAAAAUAUUUAUAGGUAUAAUAAUAAUAUACUAAUUUUUU